GAAGAACCAAAAUAAAACAUGGCGGACUAGUUUCCGCCUCUGUGAAGAAAUAUAGUGAAUUCAGUUUUUUACGCCAAACAUGUCCUUCGAAAUUCAGAAGUGGAAAGCUGAGGCUCAUGAAAAUGCUGCAAAGACCGUGGCAAAUAUGCUCCAAGUAAGAUCCUUACUGCGAUGUACAACGCUUGUUCAAGCACCUAAAAACAAUAUGCAGCUGAUCGAAAUAUAUCAAAACAUGUUGCCCCACAAAUGUAUGGGUGUGGAAUUUGAUCUAAGCAAAACUUGCAAUGUCCCUUGUGCUAGGAUAAUUGAAAGAGAUAGCAGUGAAUAGUGUGAUCGUUUUAUAAACUAUCAAUUUCCGUUUUCAUCGAUUUACAAUCGAGUAUUCAGCACUAAACAGCUUUGUCUGAGACAGUAUUUAAUAGGGUUACACUUCAAGAUAAUUUUGCCGAUUUUUCAGCAUCCUGACAGCCUGGACAAAGUGGAACAAUGGAGACGGAGAUAUAUGAGAAACAAGGUUUGUUACAGUUCAUCAUUGCCCAAUGCACAUUCUAACCUCAUUCUGGUGGCUGGAACCUGGAUCUUUUUUCUUGAACAUGAGUUCAACCCGUCCUCCUUUGAUAUUAUACAUAAGUGUGGAAUGGAAAUGUCGUUUAUAAAAUGUGAGGCAGUCGAGGACUAUCGAGUUUACACUCCUCAAAGAAGGAGAAAUGACACAAUGGCCAUUAUUGUACGUCAGUGAGAUGUAAAUGGGUCGUCUUGUAUUCUAAAGUUCUGCAGAAGUGAUCAUUAGUGUUUGGAUUAUUGAAUACAUGUUAAGCCAAAGGGGGAGAAAAGCACAUUCAGUCUCAUUAGGAGUGCUUUGUACGGAGAAAAUUUUAACUUUAUGAUACUUCACAGGCAUCAGCUGAAGCCAGACUGAAGACAGCUGUGCAGUCCCAAUUGGAUGGUGUCAGAACAGGGCUUCAUCAGCUCCAUGGGUGAGACAGAUCUUGUAUAUGACAGAGUCAAAUUAUAAUUUAAAUCUAUCACAAUUUUAAUCCUGGUUUUGAUUUCAAGUUUUUUAAUUUGGAAGGUUUUUCUUUUCAGAGCUCUUCAAGAUAUUAAGGAAAUUAAGAAGAGGUAAUUAAUAAUAUUUAUCUUGAGAUGUAACAAUCUGUUACACCUAACUGUUUAGUUGAAAUCAUUUUGACUGGUUUAGAACAUUUUACUUUGAGUUUUCAAUUUUUGACAACCUUAACUUUGUGAAUUGCCAGAAGUUUUAAAUUGCUCAUUGCCAGAGUUAUACCAUACAAAAAAAAUUUGGGGGUUCACAACGUGUUGAUCUCAUUAAUAUAGUCCUGUUAUUAAAAAAAAAAAAAAAAAAAAAAAACACAGAAAGCAUCUGUUACUGGAUUUGUUCAGUUUGGAAAUUUUUGAAAUUCUGCUAAAAUCUUAAAAUAAAAUUGAGUUCCUGAAAUUCAGAAACAUUUUACACUAAUUUAUGAACCUCCAUUAUUUAAUUAAUUCUCAUUUGAUUCUAAAAAAAAAAAUAUUACCUAAUUUUUUAUCAGCAUGAAUGAAGUGGAUUCUAUGUGCAAAAAUGUGGAAUAUUUAGCAGAUGAGCUGCAGACUGUUAGGGACUGUCAAUUAAACCAGAGCAGGGUAUGUAUGAUCAUGUAAAGGUUAACCUGUUACACCCUAUCAUCAGUAUGCAUAUUCUCCAUACUGUUCUCUAUACAUUUCCUGAAAUGCUGACAAGGAGAAUAUAUUUGAAAAUCAAGAGUUUUAUAAGUUGGUGAUCAUUUCCUUUAUUCUCAUGACCUUAAAGUUUGAUUCAGGGGUGAUAUUGUAAGGAGAAACUAGAAGCUGAUCACUCUUAGGGGUUAAGGAGUUAAAGGUCUGUAUACAAACCAAGUGGCCCAUCUAGCCUGAGCUUAUUCAGUUUUCUGUAGCAUGAGGUGAUUAGAAGUUUUGCUAACCCUCCCCCCAUGGGAUCCUACUGAAAGAUUACUCCCCCGCAUUUCAUAAAAUAGAACAAGUGUAUAGGUCUGUCAACUUACCAGGACCUUCAAGAAAGGGGCCCUAGGCCAGGUCUUAAAUAUGGGCCUCUCAAUCCACAGAGUCCAGUGCACUAAGCAUUCGGCUGCUGCACCUCUCACUCCAAUUACCUCUAGGGGUGAAAAUUCAUGUUUGCUGUAGUGUAUUGAUUUUUAGUAUAAAUUAAUUUCUGUAAUAUUAUUUCCUCAACAGAUAUCUAAGGCCUGUGAACAUCUUAAUCUUAUCUUCAAUGUUCCAGACAGUGUAAAAAAAACAGAAGCCUUGAUCAAUGAAGGAAAACUUCUCCUUGCUCACAAAUGGUAAUGAGCAUUAUGUUGCAUUGAUCAUGGCAAUCAUUUAGCAAACCUUACUGUAAAAUGGAAACUGAAAUUUUAAGCAGAUGGAUACUAAACUGCAUAUGGAAUGACGUAUAUGAGCACCUAAAUAAUGUAUUUGAAAAGCAGCUAACCAUCUAUCCUGAGUUUUGACCAGUUAGAUGUAUUUUUUGGGCUAAGAAAGUGUUGUUUAAGUUGGAAAAAUUGCAGGCAUAUGCGUGGAAGAGGGUAUUUGCUAGACCUUCACAGUUGUACAAAUGGUAGUUGUCAUAAGUUGUAGUUAAACAUGGUUUCAAGCUAGACUUGAUUUGUAGUUUCUUUUGCUUCAGGAUUGUGUUAAAUGUACCAGGAACAAAGAUGAAAACAAAGACAUUUAGUUUUGGAUUAUAUACACCUAAAAUUCCUUUUCCACUACAUUUGAUAAUAACCUUAUGCCCAAUGUAAAAAAAAAAAAAAAAAAAAAGAAGGUAAAUGGAUGUAAAAAAAUACUGUUGAAUAGAUAUUAAUUCUGAGCACUGUGGUCAAAUGUAGUUUAUCAGACUUGGAAGCCACCAGAGAUGAACUCCUGCUGGAAGUUCACAAGAUGGCACAGGAAGAAGAGGGUCCAAAACCUGAUAAAACAGUGAGUUUGUGGUAACAUUUACUAAGCUUGCAAUAUAUACAAUGACUUUAAGAUAUUGUUUUGCUCUGCCUUAAGCUUCUUCUCUCUGCUCCAUUUUGAUAUGUCAGCAUUUUUGAUUCCAUUUGUAAUACAAUAUAACACCAUGCAGUGUAAAGAUACUGCAUUUCUUUACGUAUAAAAUUAACAACUAGUUUCAGUUUUGUCCUUCUAAAAUUGAGCUGUGAUUUGCUGGUUUUUAUGGGACUGUUGAGCUCAAUACAAGUGUACAAUUACAUUCUACAAAAAUUAUGUAGAAGCAAUAGACAAAAUGAUAUUAAAAGGUUAAAAGAACCCUAAAGUUUGUAGUGUCAAUAUACCUUACUUGGUCUGUUUUCACUUCUUCUCUCUCCCAGCCGCUGUACCAAUACUUCGAUGUAGUCAAGAAGUUAUCAGUAAGUAACAUGUGUGAAUUUAUGAUUUUUUUUUUGUCUUCUUGUAAAGCAAGCCACUUACGUUUAACCCUUUACACCAUAACAUCAGUAAAGGGAUUCUCCAUGCUGUUCUCCCUUAACUCCUAUGAGUGACCAAGACAGAAUUUCUCCUUACAAUAUCAAUAUAAUGUCAACCAGAUAAGUGAUGAGAAUAAAGAAAAAUAUCAAUUUUGGGAUAAUUAGUUGAUCCAAUACUAAAUUCUCAGAGCUAACAUUACAAGAAUUGUAUGGUUGACAGUAAGGAGAAUAAUAUUACGAAUUUGAUCUGGGAGUUAAAGGGUUAAAGGGUUAAACCAAAGAAAAUAUUUCAACAUCCAAAUUGAAUGAAUAGAGGAAGAAAUACUGAAGAAAUGUAAAAUGGUUUCCUUGUUUACAUAGCCUGAUGUAAACACGCGAGAGGUUGGGAGAACAUGAGAUAAGUGUAGGAAACCACGACGUGAAGCAGAGUGGUUUCCAGCUUAUCGAGUGUUCUCCCAACCUCCCAAGUGUUUAAAUCAGGCUACGUAAACACGGAAACCAUUUUACAUUUCUUUUAUAAAAUAACUAAUGAAAGAGGAAUGAAAACCGUGUUUACAUGUGCUCAUGUAAAAUGGUUUUAUGGCCAAUCAGAGUGCGUGUACUAUUUGAAUUACUUUAUAAAUCAUUUUAUUUACCAGUUAGUUGAUGGAUAUCCAUGCAAGAAUUUUUUUCAAUUUUUCAGGAUUCCCUUGGCAAACAGUGCUGGGUUGUGUUGGGGAGAGUGCUUAGUACAGUUCGCAGUGACCCCGCCCAGUUGGUGACAGCCCUAAGAAUUGUUGAAAGAGAAACAAGGUAUCAUCUGCUUUGCAUUAUAUUCUAUUUUUUUGGACCAACUUAUUUAUUCUCAAGAGUCAUCUCUUAACAUUUUUACUUACGAAGUUUAGUGAACUUGCCAAUAUAUGGAAAGUAUUUCAUCUUAGUUGAUCAUCUACAGUUUUCUCCUAACCAGUUUAGUCUAAAUCAGGAUUUAUCACAAGGAGAAAAUAGCAAAUGAUCACUGUGAGGUUUAAGCAAAGAAAUGAUCCUUGCAGUUGGGCUGCAAACAUGAAAAAAUUCAGGCUUUGGUGGGAUUUAACACUUUAACUCCCAAGAUCUGAUUGUUAAUUCUCCCCUCUAGUUGCUACAUAUUUCCUUGUAAAUAAGUUAUGAGGACUUGGUGCUAGAUCAAGAUAGCAACCUCUACCUGAUAAGUUUGAAUACUCUCAUUACCUGUUUGCUGAAGAAUGUACGAAUAUUGUAGGGAGAAGUUUUAUGUUAAUCACUUCUGGGAGUUAAAGGGUUAAACUGUCUCUUGGGUACUCUAAGGGAAUACUAACAUUACUGAACUAUGAAGCUAGAUGUUGGGAGAGAGGAAAAUUUUCUGGUUCAAAUGGUUAAACUUUGAAAUUCACUUAAAGUGCAUAAUUUUUGAAAAAAAAAUUGAAAGUACUGUAUUGUAUCAGAAGAGAUUUAAUAUUCAUGUAUCAUCUACUCACAGAGCUGAUAAAAGAGCAGAGGAAAAAAAAACAAAUAUGGGAUUUUCUGUGCCUGGACGGCCUAAGAAGUGGAGAGAUAAAGCAUUUAAUGUUCUAGAGGAGUCUGUCAGUAACAGGUUAACAUGCAGUUAUGAAAAUUUUUGAAAUUUAAAGAGAAUGUUAUUUUGGAAUAUUUCUCACAUGUUACUGUAGAUUCUUACUGUGAACAGGUUAAGAAGAUUCUGACAUUUGUUUCCUCUUCAGCUAUUAAUAACUUUUGUAUAAUGCAUACUCAAGAGCAAUAUAGUGUUUCUUUGUUGUAUAUUAAUGGUGGAUUUUACCAUCUUGUUUUCUGAACUACUUCUCCUGUCUGUCUCUUAAAUUUUUCAAGAUGUACACACUAUUUCGUACUUCCUCUGUCACAGGGUAACCAGUUCUUUGUUGGCUCUGGUGGCACCACUGUGCCUGGGUCACAGGGGAUGCUAGCUUUAUGUGUGGUUUACUUGCGGGGAGAGCCCUUGAAAGAAUUGCAUUUACAUUUACAUUUACCUCAAGCAGUGAUGACAUGAUUUGGGAAUUUCAGGUUUGAGAGUCUUGACAUGGAACUGCAGGAUAGAAUGGAUGACAAGAUGUGGCUGGUGAAACAUCUUGAACGCACAAGGAAACUUGUUUUGGAUGAUUUGAUUGUCGUCAAGGUUUGUUUUCUUACUCACCCUUAUCUCAUUACUGCCAAAUGACAAAAAUUUCAUCAUCACUGAAAGAAGCAAUUUUAUUAACUUCAACCUUUUAAACUCCCAUUAGUGACCAAGAAAGAAUUUCUUUGUUGUUAAACAAACAAGUGAUGAGAAUUAAGAAAAACAUCAAUUAGGGAACUAUUAGUUGAUCCAACAUCAAAUUCUCCAAACUAACAGCAUAAGAAUUGUAUGGUAGACAGUAAGGAGAAUUACUAAUGAGAUCUUGGGAGUGAGAGGGUUAAGAGAGCAUUAUGGGAGUAUUUUUGGAGAGCGAGUGCUCGGUGUUUGUGUGUGAAAUGUUUGGCUGCUAUCAUGUAUUUUUUAAAGGAGGGAAAGGCGAGGGAGAGAAAUAAAUCCUAUCACGUUUUUAUUGUAAUAUUUACGUUCUUAUUCGUCUUAGAACUUGUGUCAGGUUUGUUUCCCUCCAAGUUAUGACAUAUUUGAUCGCUAUAUCAAAAUGUAUCACAAGGCACUCUCCGUCAUGGUAAGGAGCUUAGAAGUCACUUCAUUUAUUAAAUCUAUUUGUUGACUUCGAUACGAACCAGAGUAUUUUCUUCAAUUGUAGUUUCUUCGAAUUUACGAGUUUGUAUUGACAAGACGAGGAACGUUUGAUUGUGGUUACAACAUGAGGGUUAUACCCAACAUCCCGAGGGCACACAUGUACCUGGACCCGACUAUCGAUUCUCGAUCCCUCGAUCCUCGAAUCUCGAAGACAUUUAGGGUCGAGGGUCGUGUCGAAUUUCGAGACGUUCGGGCCUGUUCGGGAUAUUGUCCGAGAUCUUCGUGAAAUAUACGCGACGAGAAACAAACGAUUUUUGGCGUGAUUGCGUUGUCUGAGGUUCAAUCGGUUUGGAGUGAUUUAACGUUCACCUUAUUGAUUUUGAUUUUGCCAGUUGGAAAGAUUUGUUCUGGAAGAAAGACUUGAUUCGAAUGAGUGCAUCAGUCUGUUAACCUGGAUCAAAGAAUACAAGUAAGUAACUGAAGCAAAGGAAAAAAUACUGGAACAUUGCUGAUCCUAUCAGUAUGUAACUAGUAUAUGACGUAAUGCACCAACAGAGUCUCUCUCCUGUCCCCCCCUCCCCCCCCCCACUUCCGCGUGACCCCUUCACUGAGAGAAUCAGAUUUACCCCUUUUUUUUCUACCUUUUUGAUCUUCUUUGUGAAGAGCUCAUUUCUAAUGCAACUACCUUGACUUUCCAUUGGUGAAGAGCCAAGCUCGGAACCUACAGAAACUCUAAACCCUCAGUAUAUAGCACUUUUAGUUAAUGUUAGCUGAAGGCUUUCCUAAUACGUAUCAUGCAGUUCAUGGGAAGUUUUCCUCUCAUCUUUUGCUAGCCCAUUUGUUGCAGCCUGAUCUUGCUAGUCAUCAUUCCCUUAAUCACUGUUCCGUUACUAUUAUGGGGCCUACAUUUGUCGUGUGCAUCGUUCGAGAUAUGUUUGGCAAACUGCUUUGGCAGAUUAUGUUCGCAUUAACCUUUUGACCACCAACUAAAGAAAUAUUGAUUUUUAAACAAAUUCUCCUGGUCAGCACCUUAGGAAAUGUAUAGAGAACAAUAUGGAGAAUAUGCAUACUGAUGUUAGGGUGGAAAGGGUUAAACUUUAAAUUCGUUGAGAGUUGGCGUGACUGCUGGACUUAAAUAUAUCAGAACGAAACAUCAUUUGACUGCGCUUGAUACAUUUUUUUUUACAUUAGGGGAACUGAUCUUAUGAUGCAUCCAGAACUACAGAUUGAUGUUGGAUUCCUAGGACCUCUGUUAUCGUCCAAAGUUGAACAGGAACUGCUAGACACGUAAUCAAAACUUUGUUAUGUACUUUCAAAUUGUCCCUUUUACGUACUCCUCAUCGUAAUAUGCUCGUGAUGUCUCGCCACGUAAUCAUACUGUCUGAAUGAACUUUUAAGGAGCCAAAGAGAAUUGGGGUUGUAAGCGAGUAAACAGCGGGAAUCGCAUGUAGUCAAGUUAGAACUGGUUUCAUUUUUGUACCUGAUUGGUUGAGAUAUUGGCGCGAGUUUUCGAGACCAAUCAAUGAACAGAGUGAACUCCUCGAUCAUUUUCGACACGAGAUUGAAAGUUGUUUUUUAGUGAAAGUUAGAUUAGUAUAAAUUACUACUACUGUAUCACAAUUAAUUCAACUUCUUUUUCAUCAGCUACCUCACGACCACUAAAAACAACAUGAUGGAGUGGAUGACCAAGCUGGCCGAAACAGAUCUACAGGUGAUGAAUUAACGUUUGUAUGGUGCCGGUUUCACAGAGGAUUUGGACUCCCCGGUUCAAAUCAGUGAGCGGAUAUGGACCCCCUCUUGCUGAUUUGGACCCUUAAAAGACUGGGGGGUUCAAAUUAAGGGCGUCCAAAUCCGUUAGCACACUGGCAGUUGCUGAUACUUUUUUGAAUGUUUACUUUUGGUCGAAUUAUCAGUUUGGCCACCCUUUAGCUUUAAGAAGUGAUUACUCUGCAAAUUCACCUCUUCAUUCUAAUACAUUAUACAGUAGACAGGCUACGAGAUUAGACAAUGUUAUCAGUUGAAGAGUGUUGUUUUGAUGCAACUGCAAACUCUCUCAACUUAUUUACAAGGAAAUGUGAGGCGUUAAGAAGGGAGAGUAACUUAUCAGAUCUUGGGGGUUAUGAGGACAGUAGCUAGCUGUUACUUUUUGUUGUUGUUUUUUUUCAUGGUAACUGCUGAGUGCUAGGUUUGAAUAUCUGUUGCGUUUCUAAUUCCAGGACUGGAACAGGGACGCACCGCCAGAGACAGACAUGGAUGGUUUCUACAACACAUCGCUUCCAGUUUUCCUUUUUAAAAUGGUCGAUCAGAAUGUGAGUUAUUCUCUUAUUUUUGCAAGAAAUACUAUCCAAAGAACAAGAUUUGGCCCUUUUUUCCAAUUUUUGGCCAUCCCAGUAAACAUUACUUUUUUUUUUUCAGCUGCAAGUUGCAGCGAAGGCUGGAGAAGAGAUCAAACUACAGGUCAGCUAUAGAAAUGAAUUAUUCGCCGCAUUAAACGUAAACUUCUAAAAGGGUAGUAUGGUUUAGUGAUGUUACACUAGGACCAAAGUGAUCGCAGUAAAAUAUUUACAAUAAACGUAAAAAAGACUUAAAAUCUAAAGUAAUACCUUGCGAUUUUCUUCUUUGCUCAGAUUCUGGAUAUUUGUCUUGAGUCUAUGCAAGGUUUCCAGAGGGAAUAUAGAGGUAACUAGUUAUUUAGAUGGUAAAGUUUCAGCUUGUCUUUGGAAACGAGCUGAAAGAAAAUAUCAUAUAAGAGAAAGAUGUUUUUCGUCUGGUCACGAGCGUGGGAAAAAGAGAAAAUUCUGUGUCCGUUUGAGGAAACGAACCUCAAACCUUCGGAUUCCGCGCUCCGAUACUCUACCACUGAGCCACUGGGACUCCACGGUGUACAUUCAUAUAUGACACGCAUCCUGUAUACUUCUUGGAUCAGCAAUGUCGAAUUGUGUCAUGUUUUUUAAAUAGGAUAAGAAAGAUGGUAGGUUUUAAGCUCGGUUAAGAUAUGUAGAAAGAUGUUUUUCGAAUCAUGUUAUUCGUUGCGUGUGGUUUAAUCUGUAGGUCAAAUCAGAGCUUUCAAGAGCAAACACUUUGAGGACAGAUUGCAGCCUGUGAGAUUUGUGGAAUACAUAGUAAGAAUGUUGCUCAAAAGUUUGCGAAGUUUAUAUUUGAUAGGCACUUAUGGUAGUCUUGUGACACAAUCUGGUGUCCCAAAUUAGACACAAUUCACUUAGUGCAGUAGUUUUUUCCACAUUAUUUCUUUCUUUGGUUUGUUUGUUUUGUCUAUAUGUUCCGUAUCCUUUAUACUAAUGUGCGUGACGCAGUUAUAAGAAAUAAUCAUCCUUAUCCGUAUUGGUGGGAGUUACAGAUAAAACUGACUUACUUGACUUCGAAUAAAGGAGAUAAAUUUCUAGAGAAACUGUGGUGCUACGUCGGUGGGAGAACGUAACAAGUUAAUUUGGUAUUGUCAACUGAGUUGAUAAUGUCAAUUGGCCACCGUUAAGAGUUUCAAAGCUGACUAUUCGAGCGUUAGCCCUUCGUCAGAGCGAACGGAGGAAUUGUGGAUUUUGUGUGUUUUUAUAUGCAGACUUCGUCUGAUAAUAACGUGUCCGAAUGUCACUGCUGGUGUACAUUACAAUAGUUAUCGAGAGCGUAUCGGAAUCACUAAGAUCGAACGAGUGUCACCGAUAGCGCACGAAGAUCACCACGAAUACAAGAAAGGGUCAAACUUUUUAUCAGCCCUUCCCAUUCAUUUUCUUUACUCCUCACUCAUUCACACAAGUAAUUUCAAAGCCUUUACUCUACGUUUGUCUUGUAGAAGCUACGCUGUUCUUGAGUUUACACCUGAGUGAUUUUUCCCUCUUUGCUAGGUGGCCAUCGUAAACAACUGUAAGGCGUGUAUGGACUUUACAGAUCAACUAAAGGUAGGCUUCAAGAUGUAACUGCGCUUUUCGCUUGCGCGUCGUGAACCAAAACUAAAGUGAUCACAUCGGCCAGUGAGAAGUAAGGAAAUGCCCUAAACAGCCAAUGAGAACUCGAAAUAAAAACUCGCAAACUGCUUAAAGCGCGGGAAAACGCGGGUUACCAAGUGGUGAUUGGUUUUUAGCAUGCAUCUGAUUGGUUAGGAGAUCAUUGGCGCAAGUUUUCCGGGUCAAUCACAGACUGAAGGGUUGGAUCAAGCGCGCACAAAAUCGGGUAGCUACAAAGGCGAAGAAGUGUAAGUCUAAUCGACGCGAAUGUAUGUUUUUGUUCUUAGCUUUACCAACUUUCAACUCUUGUUUAUUCUCUGUAGGAGCGGUUAGUGGCUGAACUUGGCCGAGCAACGUUUGGAGAAGAUAAACAACGAUCAUUUAAGAGUGUCGUCGACUGCUUCGCACAGAUAGGAGAGGAGAGGUUUGUACGCUGACACAAGUUUUAUUUGUCAAAAUGUUGGUUACUUAAGCACUUUUUAUCGGAGUAUCGUAAAACGAAUUCCAAAGUAAUUACAGAGGCCAAUCAGAACAAAGACAAAUAUCUCUUUGGGAAGUAAUGGUAAGCCAGAGUGAAGAGGAAAAACAAUUUCCUCGAGGCGCGGGGAAAAGGCGAGGCAGCAAGACGCGUUUUGUUUCAAUUCUUCAUCUAAUUGGUUGAGAGGGCGUCGCAAACUGAGAUGUCUCGACCAAAACAAUUUCUUUGAGGCGCGGGAAAAGGCGAGGCAGCAAGACGCGUUUUGUUCAAUUUUUCGUCUAAUUGGUUGAGAGGGCGACGCGGAUUAAGAUGUCGCGACCAAUCAAAAAGGGAAAGCAAUUACGUCGAUCCUGAAGCGCGGGAAAACACGAGCGACCAAGUUGCGAAUUACUCUUGGCUUGCAUCUCAUCUUAAUUUUACUUAUUUGCUGUUUCCAAAUGAAAUUUUUUUUGUUAAUAAUUUUCAGUGCUGGAUACCUCUUGGAUGAAGCAUUUUUGGACCUGGAGCCUUUUUUCUCACAAAUUAUGACUCCUACAUGGUAUUGUAUUUCAUGUCCAACAAACUUUGCAAUUUUAAUGAAAAGUUGUUCAACCUUUAACUCCCAUGAGUGACCAAGACAGAAUUUCUCCUUACAAUAUCAGUACAAUAUCAUGCUGACAAGUGAUGAGAAUAAAGAAAAAUAUUAAUUAGGGGAUUAUUAGUUGAUCCAAUACCAAACUAACAUCACAAGAACUAAAUAGAAUUAAAUAGGAUCUUGAGAGUUAAGGGGUUAAAACUACAUUUGUGGCAAGUUUUGUAUUUGGAAUUAAUUUCCAGAGACCAGAAAACUGAAACCUUUGGUCCUCCGACUACUGUUUGGAUGCUAUCCCACUGAGCUUCGCAGAACUUGGUUUUGAGCGUCACCAUUUUCCUAGGUCCUAUUUGACAUUCGUCCUCCUGCCCAAAACCUUCCUUGAUUUUUCACUCUUUUGAAAACGUCGCACCAUUAACUAUUACGCUUCGUUUACCAGUUGUGAGAGAAAAAUUCAAAGGGGUGGUGGUUGUUGGAUCGUUAGUUGAUCAAGGAAAGGUUUAAAUAUGCUUACCCUUUUUAAUUGCAGUUUAUUUCUAAAGGCCUGAUAUUUUCUGUUUUUUUUGUUUUUUUAGGAUACCAAGUCCAGAAGCUGUGGACACAAUAAUUGUCACAAUAGAGGAUUACUACAAUGACUUUUUACACUUGAAAGACAAGUAAAGUGAACUUGAAUGUUUCUUUUAUAGCUAUGGGAAGUUUUAGUGCUAACGGCAUGAUGUCUUUACAACGUCGCGCACACCGAGAUACCACUCGAUGUUUUGUGAACCGGCGUGAACCGAGAAAGCGUGAGCGCGACGUGAAAAUGCUUUAAAGUGAAGUGAAAAUUGUGUAAACUGGUUUAUGAUAAAAGAGAAGACUCGGUGACUGUUUGGGUUUUCUUACGGUGAUUAGUUUUUCAAUAAGACUCUUUUUUCGACAGAUUUUUCGAUAACCUCAUGGAACAAGCUCUGAAGAAAGUGUUGCUAGAAUAUGUCCGUGCAAUGCUGAACAAGUAUGGUGUUGAAUAUUUUUGACUGUUUUGUAUUUUGUGAACUUAACUCCUGGCAUUGCCGUAUUGCUUGCGAAAAGCGGGAGUGUUUCAGAUUUUCAUGAUGGUCGGCGAUCAUUCACUUUGUAGUUUUGUCUGACGAAGACGUAAAUGAACGCGUGGUGAAAAUUCGCGCUCUUGGGGUUAAAAGGCAUGAACGUGACGUGAAAAUUUCUCAACGUGACAUUUUUAAAAAUUGAAUGAGUGCGUCGUGAAAAUGCGCGAACUUCAGCGACGGUUCGUGAGAAUCUGGUACACUAACUGAUGUAACUCAAAAUCUGAGAUUUUGUGUGUAAAUCCGCGAUAGUCUUGGACCUUCCCGGCAUAAGGAGGCACACCUCAACUUAAGUUUACAAGUUCUUUUUCAUUUUUCUAGGCGUAUUGCAUUUAAAGAUUACGAAGGAAGGAGGGAUGCGGCAAAAAAGAUCACGGAGGAAUCCAAAAAGAUCGAGAAACUCUUCAAGAAGUUAGCCAAAGCUAAUUUGCAGCCAGAAACUCAAUGCUCCGUUCUUCCCACACUUGCUGAGGUCAUCAAACUUCGGGAUACGUCCAUGAUGGCUCUUGAAAUUUCGGUAACUAAAGAGCAAAUCAUAUCUAGCUAGAAUAGUUAAAUUUGUUAUCAUUUUUGGGUUUGAGACAAAGAAAAGUCAUGCUGUUUUAUGUAUGUUAAUUUGUAUCAUAAAAUUUAUCUCAUGAUAAUUUAUAAUAGUUAAUGAUAAGCUGUUCGUGAAGAAUUUAAAUGGAAAAUGUGAUCAGAAAUAUUGCUUAUUGUCACCCUCUUUUCAAGAUAGGAAAGGUAAUUUUUGAAAGUUCACAGCAGUCAUGGUUUGUUAGCAACAUGACAUUCGGUUUUAAGUUUACUCUGCCGGUUACUUUUCUCCUCAGGGAAUUGCCAACAAGUACCCAGACUUCAAAUCUGACCAUGCCUUGGCCCUGUUGUUGAUGAGAGGAGAUCUUACCAGGACAGAAGCAAGACAGGUGUGUAGAGGAUUAAUCUCUCACAAUCCUAAGCACAAACUCUCAGCUCCUCCCUCUGGGUGAAUUAAGUUGACACAUUGUGUCUCACUGGUUAGCUUGCUGGACUCCUAAUCAAGGGUUCAAGCCCUGUCUGUGUCCCUCUUUGAAGUUUUUCAGACAAGACUUAUAAUUUCCACGUUGCCUCUCUCCACCCAGGGAAAUAAGUGGGUACCUGAAAAAUGUCAGAGAAAUCUGACAAAUUCCAGGUGGAACAAGCAUCCCAUUUAGGCCUUGGUUGGUUGAAGGAUGAGUUGUGCUAUACACUGGAUAAAUAUCUGUCUGAUGGAUAGAACCCUUGUUUUAUGCAAUGCGAAAUGGGAGAGCUGUAGCAGUUAGCUUCAGGCUUUCAGUUGUCAACCUUCAUGUAAAUUUUUUUUGUUGUUAUUUUUCCAAGUUAAUUAUGGAAACUCCUCUAGAAGGAAGACAGGAUACUCCAGCUGAUGACCCUGCUGCAUUUUUCACUCAAAUCAUUGUGCCACCAUCUGUGUUGGACAAGCUGGAAACAUUGAGAGAAACAAUGAUGAAAAAGAAAUGAAAUUUGCAUCAAAUUAGCAUGUAAUUCGUUACUCUUCUUCACUCUGUGUAUUUUAAAAAAAAGUUCAUUUUACAUCUACUACUCUAAACAGGAAAUUAAACUUGCAACAUGUAUUCUGGGCCCCAGACAUUGAU